AUGGCACCAUCGACCGACCCCCCGCCAGUCAUCCUAUUCGGCUACGAUUCAAGCCCCUUCACGAACAAAGUACGACUAACACUGCGUAUCAAACAAAUACCCUUUUUCCCAUCAAUGCUACCUCGACCUCUCAUAACAUCAACAUUCGCUCUCUCAUACCGCAAGAUACCUAUCCUCGCCAUUGGCAGAGAGAUAUACUGCGACACAUCACUCAUCAUCGAGGCACUGGAGCAUUUCUUCCCGGCGGACCAGGGUUGGGGCACUGUGUAUCCCGUGAUUGAGGGUGUGAGCGAGUGGACAUAUCGUGGGCUGGUGAGGGGUUUCGCAAGUUUCUGGACUGACAAACCGUUGUUCCGGACAACUACAGGCUUCAUCCCUUCUACCGUCUGGGCGUCAGACUUCGGUAAAGACCGCGCUCAGCUCAUUGGACAUCCUCUUUCACCAGAUAAGCUUCAGUCUAAAAUUCCAAUCCAUCUGUCGAAUCUGGAUCUGCAUCUAUCGCUUUUGGAACCCAUGUUCCGGUCUAGUACAUGGGCUAUGCCGACAAAAACGCCGUCGCUCGCUGAUAUAAGUUUGUACUAUCAACUAAGAUGGGGUAUCGACAUCGCUGCUGGGAAAGGCAUAUACAAUCUCAGUGGUGGUGGAACGGUUGAUACCGAUGAUGACCUCGUGGGACAAGUGUUCAAUGAGAAGAGAUAUCCGGGCUUGAUGAGAUGGUUCAAGGCGUUUGAGGCUUACAUCGACGGUCUACCGGAUGUACAAACAACAGUUCCUGAGACUAAUACUCGGUGGAAGAACGCGCUUCGACAGACACCGCUGCUAUGCGAUCAAGACUUGCUUAUUCCUACGGCGGUGGGUCAACAUGUUUCGCUCGAUACUCAGAGAGGAUUGGUGCCAGGAGUGGGUGUAAGCAUCGUGCCGGAUGAUACUGGGCGUGGUAAUCCUACAACGGGUACAUUGAUCAAGAUUGGGAGCGAAGAGGUGAUUAUCAAACCGAAUGAAAAGGCAGAGUUAGAUGUUAGGGUGCAUUUCCCGAGGCUAGGAUUUGUCGUAAAGACUACGAAUGGAAGUAAAUUGUAA